AUGGAAGACUUUGAUCCUGCUUACAUUGUAUCUAAAGAACACCGUCCCGAAUUAUCUAAUAAUGUUUUCAAUGUUGACGAAAACCCAGUCAUCGACCUCUCCGAAAGUAAUCAGCAAGAACUCAUCUCAAAGAUUGGCAAGGCAUGUCAAGAGUGGGGAUUCUUUCAAGUUAUCAAUCAUGGAGUUCCUUUUGAGGUUAGCUCAAAGGUUGAGAUUGAAGCUAAGAAGUUUUUUGAGCAAAGCUUAGAGGAAAAGAAGAAAGUGAAAAGAGUUGAAGCUAAUGCGACAGGGUAUCAUGAUGGGGAGCAUACUAAGAAUAUAAGAGAUUGGAAAGAGGUUUUUGAUUUUCUUAUUGAGGAUGCAGUACAAGUCCCUUCUUCUCAUGAGCCACAUGACAUGGAGCUAUGGACUCUCAAAAAUCAGUGGCCACAAUCUCUUCCACAUUUUAGGGAAACAAUGGAGGAGUAUGGUAGGGAAUUAGAAAAGUUAUCUUACAAGUUGUUAGAGUUAAUUUCAUUAAGCUUGGGUCUCUCUAGUCACAAAUUCAAUGACUGCUUCAAGAAUCAACUAAGUCUUGUGAGGCUCAAUCGAUAUCCUCCAUGUCCUUUCCCUGAUUUGGCACUUGGUGUUGGUCCUCACGUCGAUUCUAAUGUCUUGACUGUGCUUGCACAAGAUGAUAUUGGAGGCUUACAAGUUAAGAGAAAAUCAACUGGUGAUUGGAUUGGAGUUAAACCUAUUUCUAGCGCAUUCGUAGUCAAUCUGGGUGAAAUUUUUCAGGUUUGGAGCAAUGACAAGUAUGAAGCCGCGGAACACAGGGUGGUAGUAAACUCAAAGAAAGAGAGGUUUUCAUAUCCAUUCUUUCUUACUACAAGUCAUCAUACAAUGGUGAAACCUGCAGAAGAGCUAGUGAGUGAGCAAGAUCCUGCAAAGUAUAAAACAUUUAAUGUUGGCAAAUAUCAUGCUUACAUAACUAGUGGUGAUUUUAGCAAACAAGAGGUUGAGAGUAACAGAAUUAAUUACUUCAAGAUUUCAGAUUAG